AUGUCCGACAACGUCCUCAAAAGCUUUGUCCCCAUGAUGGAGGCCGCAGUCCAUCAACGCAACCCUCGUCUGCAGGAGUGGUGGCGGAUCAUCCUUUACAUCCAGGAACACGUUGCACAGCCCGGCGACCGCGCCGUCCUUUCCCUAGCGGUGAUCAAGCGCCAAAAGGGUCGCGCAUGGGAAGACAGCUACGACGACUUUGCAAGGCGCGCCUACGAGUAUCUCGAAUUCGGGUACCGGAUGGGCGCUUCCGAGCAGUUCAUCAAGCGGAUUGCGUGGACCAAGCCGAACGUUCGGCACGACGCUUUCAAGGACAUGAACAGCCACGAGCUGUCGCUCGCCAGAAGGAUUAAGAAGGGCGAGGACGAAGUCGACCAAACGUAUGAUGCACGCAUGAAGACGGAAGGAGAGUUCUGGGUCCACCAGGAAGUUCUCUUCAGUCACACCUCUAAGCGCAUGCCCAUCGAGACGCUGAGAGACAUCCCGUGCUACUCGGAGGACGAGUGCCAUUUUGUUAGGGUGAUGGCGGAGGCUAUUGUCGAUAUGGAUGGGGAGAAGGAUGGGAAUGGUCACCAGAUUGAUGCUGUGAAGAAGGCAUCGAAGGGUGUUGUUCAGCACCUCGCUUGGGUCUUGAUGCAAGAGGCCAAGCUCGCUCAAGCGGGCAGACCCAGCAUUGCACCCUUUUGUACUUCCUUCUAUUUGAGGGAGUACGAGUCCUUUUGGGACCGUUGGGAUGACAUGGUGGCGCUUUUCCGAGUGUCGAAAGCCGCCGUGGCCAAUCUCUUGAUUGCACCAUACUUCAAGCGCUUCGCAUGCGAUCCAUAUUCUGAACUCCAGGCAAGUUCACCGCCUCUUCUCAAUAGAAAAGAAAAGAACGCGGAUGCCAACGCGGCCAAGGCCCGCAGUAUCAGGGACGGGCAGGUGGCUCUGCAAGCUCAGGCCUCUGCAGAUGAUCAGUAG